GGCCGCGCGGGAGCGGUCACAUGACCGUAGCGGCUGCCUGUACAGUAAGGACCCAAUAUGGCAGCGGCGGUAGCAGUGGUAACGGCAGCAGGAGGACCGGCCGCCCCAUAGACCGCCCCCCGCGCGCCACCCCCGCCGCUUCCUCUGCUUGGGUGCUCCUCCGGCCUGACUUCCCCUUUCUCCCAUCUUUCCCGGCACCGCGGGAAAAACAGCGCAGGGCAGAGCAGGCAGGGAGGGCGGCCGCAGCCCGGACACGGGAGCCUCCCAGUCAGUUCAAGACCCGACAUGAGGGAAAAGGGCCGUAGGAAGAAGGGCAGGACCUGGGCGGAGGCCGCCAAGACGGUCUUAGAAAAAUAUCCCAAUACACCCAUGAGUCAUAAAGAAAUUCUUCAAGUUAUCCAGAGAGAAGGACUAAAAGAAAUCAGUGGAACUUCCCCUCUUGCAUGCCUGAAUGCAAUGCUCCACACAAACUCCCGAGGUGAAGAGGGCAUCUUCUAUAAGGUUCCAGGUAGAAUGGGAGUGUAUACUUUGAAGAAAGAUGUGCCGGAUGGGGUGAAAGAGCUAUCAGAAGGUUCAGAAGAAAGCAGUGAUGGUCAGUCAGAUUCCCAGAGUUCUGAGAACAGCAGCAGCAGCAGUGAUGGUGGCAGCAACAAGGAGGGAAAAAAGAGCAGGUGGAAAAGGAAAGUAUCGUCUAGACUGUCACAACCAUCCUCUCCUCAGUCAGGCUGCCCAUCACCCACCAUUCCAGCAGGUAAAGUCAUUUCUCCGUCACAGAAGCACAGCAAGAAGGCACUAAAGCAGGCUCUAAAACAGCAACAGCAGAAGAAACAGCAGCAGCAGCAAUGCAGGCCAAGCGUGUCCAUCUCCUCCAACCAGCACCUGUCUCUGAAGACUGUCAAAGCAGCCAGUGAUUCUGUACCUGCCAAACCUGCGAUAUGGGAAGGAAAGCAAUCUGACGGACAGUCAAGCAGCCCUCAGAACUCAAACUCUAGCUUUUCUUCUUCAGUUAAAGUGGAAAAUCCUUUGCUAGGCCUGGGAAAGAAGUCAUUCCAGAGGUCUGACAGGCUUCACACAAGGCAAAUGAAGAGGACUAAAUGUGCUGAAAUUGAUGUUGAGACACCAGACUCCAUUCUGGUUAAUACAAACCUACGAGCACUAAUCAACAAACACACCUUUUCAGUCCUUCCUGGAGAUUGCCAACAGCGACUGCUUCUACUACUUCCAGAGGUGGAUCGACAGGUUGGUCCAGAUGGUCUGAUGAAGUUAAAUGGAUCAGCCCUUAAUAAUGAGUUCUUCACUUCAGCAGCCCAAGGCUGGAAGGAAAGACUUUCAGAAGGUGAGUUUACACCUGAGAUGCAGGUGAGAAUUCGACAAGAGAUUGAGAAGGAGAAAAAAGUAGAGCCUUGGAAAGAACAAUUCUUUGAAAGCUACUAUGGUCAGAGUUCUGGCCUGAGCCUUGAAGAUUCAAAGAAAUUGACAGCUUCACCCAACGAUCCCAAAGUAAAGAAAACCCCAGCUGAGCAACCAAAAUCCAUGCUUCCUUCAGAGGCCUCUCCCGUCAGUAUAGUCUCAGUAAUUCCCCAGUUAGUGUCUAAAGAAGAAGUACUGCAACUGCCAUCACCAGUCAGAAAAGAAGAGCAUGAAAGCCAAGAUAAGAUGCAGCCAAACUCCAAAUCCCCAGAGCCCCUACUUUCCUCAGCUACCAAUGCAAAUGAGCUUAGCAGUGUUCCUCCCAUCAAGUGCCCAAAGGAUGAGGCUCUCUUGGAGCAAAAGCCAGUUGCCUCUGCUGAACAGGAGUCUGAGAAAGAGAAUCAUCUCACUACAACUUCAAAUUAUAACAAAAAUGAAAGCCAAGAAGCUUUAGUUACAUCCCUGAGCAAACCCAAGAGCCCUGGGGUAGAAACAAUAGUAGUGAAGCCCAUAGGAGAAGCAGGUCUACAGGAGACCACUAUGAAAGAGCCUCCAUCAACUCUGGCUGAUCACAGCCCAGAAAGCCUCAAGAGGAAAUCUUCUGUCACCCAAGAAGAGGCCCCUACAAGCUGGGAGAAAAGACCACGUGUCACUGAGAAUCGCCAGCACCAGCAGCCAUUUCAAGUCUCCCCACAGCCCUUUCUCAGUAGAGGGGACAGGUUCCAGGUGCGGAAAGUACCACCUCUCAAGAUCCCGGUCUCCAGAAUCUCCCCCAUGCCGUUUCCUACAUCGCAGGUCUCUCCCAGGGCUCGUUUUCCAAUCUCCAUCACUAGUCCUAACAGAACAGGAGCCAGAACUCUCGCAGACAUCAAAGCAAAAGCCCAGCUGGUCAAAGCACAGAGGGCAGCAGCUGCUGCUGCAGCCGCCGCUGCUGCAGCCGCCUCAGUUGGAGGGACCAUUCCAGGACCUGGCCCAGGGGGCGGACAGGGUCCAGGAGAGGGGGCUGAAAGGAGAACUGCUAGAGGAGGGAGUCCAGACUCAAACAGAGUCAGUGAAACUGGAAAGGGCCCCACACUGGAACUGGCAGGAACUGGAAGCAGGGGAGGUACGAGAGAGCUUUUACCCUGUGGUCCAGAGACUCAGCCCCAAUCUGAGACCAAGACCCCAGGCCAGGCACAGUCUCACAGUCUCUCUGGAGCACAACUACAGCAAACCUCCUCAGUGCCUCCACCGUCUGCCAUCAGUGGAGCGUGCUCAAGUGUCCCGUCACCAGCCCACGCUAACACACCCCCACCAGCUUUAGGGAAAGUAAGCAAUGAAAAACUGAAUCCCACCAGGGCGGCAGCCACAGUGGCCUCUCUUAGCCACCCACAAGGGCCCAGUAAUGGUAGGCAGGAGAAGGCACCUCCUACUCCAGCAGAUCCUGCUCUAAUCGCAGGUGCCUCACCUGUUCAUUUUGCAGUCGAUGGCACAGUUGAGCCCAAAGCAGGUUCUAGUAAGAAUACACCAAACCCUCCAGCCUCCGCAGAGAUAAGUGCUAGUGCUUCAGUGGAGAUGGCUCCCUCCCCUUUAACAUCUUUAUUAACAACAGCCUCCUUAGAGAAGCUUCCUGUACCCCAGGUCGUUGUAACCAUAGCACCUACUGGAUCAGCUCCAUCCUCGAGCACUUUGCCAGCAGCUUCUAGCCUUAAGACCCCAGGAGCUUCUUCAAAUAUGAAUGGACCCAUUUCAAGGCCAAGCUCUAAUAUCCCUGCUAAUAAUCCUUUGGUAACUCAGCUGCUGCAAGGCAAAGAUGUUCCCCUGGAGCAAAUUCUGCCUAAACCUCUCACCAAAGUUGAAAUGAAAACUGUUCCACUAACUACAAAAGAGGAAAAGGGGAUGAUGAUAGGAGCACUCGCAGGUACCAGCGUAACAGAAAAUAGCACCAGAGAGGAAGUUAAUGAGAGACAGUCCCAUCCAGCUACACAGCAACUGGGUAAAAGUUCGCAAAGUAAGCAGCUCCCCCAGGUUCCAAGACCCCUUCAGCUCUUUUCAGGUAAGGAUCUAAGGGACGCUGGCAUUGACACACACCAAUACCAAGAAGGACUAAGUAAAGCAACCCAAGAUCAGAUCCUUCAGACACUCAUCCAGAGGGUUCGGAGGCAGAAUGUUCUCUCGUUUGUGCAGGCCUCCCAGUUCAACUUCGCUCACUCAGGUUUCCAGUUAGAGGACAUCUCCACAAGCCAGAGGUUUAUGCUGGGUUUUGCUGGCAGAAGGACAUCCAAGCCUGCAAUGGCAGGUCACUACUUACUUAACAUUUCCACCUAUGGCCGGGGUUCAGAGAGCCUUAGGAGGACCCAUUCUGUAAACCCCGAAGACCGAUUUUGUCUAAGCAGCCCCACUGAGGCCUUGAAGAUGGGAUAUACAGAUUGUAAAAAUGCAGCAGGAGAUAGUAGCAGUGGUAAAGAAGAUGAUACUGAUGAGGAAAGUUCUGGUGAUGAGCAAGAAUCUGUCGUGGUGAAGGAGGAGCCGCAGGCUUCCCAGAGUUCUGGCAAGUGUGAAGCAAGUUCAGGACCCCACGGUAGAGAAACCCUGUCCACCAGUGAUUGUUCAGCUAAGAAGAAUGUGAAGGCAGAGAUGCCAGUGCCUGAGCAGACCACUUUAAGCAAGGAAAAUUACCUGUUCACUAGAGGCCAAACAUUUGAUGAGAAGACCCUAGCCAGAGAUUUUAUUCAGGCAGCACAGAAGCAGAUGGCUCACGCAGUGAGAGGUAAGACCGUGCGGAGCAGCCCUGAGCUUUUCAAUUCUACUGCUCUUCCUCUACCUGCAGACAGUCCUACCCAUCAGUCUCUACUCCUUCCACCACUGCAAACCCCAAAGCUGUAUGGAAGCCCCACACAGAUUGGGCCAAGCUACAGAGGCAUGAUCAACGUCUCCACCUCAUCGGACAUGGACCAUAACUCUGCUGUACCGGGGAUGCCUGACUGUAGCCAGGUAUCUAGCAAUGUCGGUGAUGUCAUGUCCUUUUCAGUGACUGUCACAACCAUCCCUGCUAGCCAAGCUAUGAAUCCCAGCAACCACGGCCAGACCAUUCCUGUUCAGGCCUUUCCUGAAGAGAACAGCAUAGAGGACACACCUUCGAAAUGUUACUGCCGAUUGAAAGCCAUGAUCAUGUGCAAGGGGUGUGGAGCCUUCUGCCACGAUGAUUGCAUUGGCCCCUCCAAACUGUGUGUCUCCUGCCUUGUCGUUCGGUAAUGAGACUAGAAGGAGAACACGCUGUAAAGAAGGCAGGAAGGGGGAAGGGUUGACAGGUGUGGCUUUUGUGUUCUUUUGGAAUCAGAAAUAAACUAGGUUUCAGUUGUCUUAAGAGACAAGUGUUACUUAAUCAGGAAUACAGAGUACAGAUCUUACAUUUUAGAGGAAAAGCACCUUGUAUAGUAAGCCCAAGUCAAGCAAGACUUUGUGAAUUUGUGACAAGUUUGCACUUACAAAAUCAUGUAAAUAUGUCACAUCUUGUUUUAACAUUUUUCCAGGUGUUUAGGUAAUGUAUUACUUUGACUUCAGAUUGAUGUUCCACUUCAUGUGACUUUUGACAAGUUUAAUGCCGUGCAUGGUGAAAGGAAGCGAUUUUCCUUCCGCCCUUUCUUAAGAGGCUAGGGAAAGAAAGGAGUGAGGGAAUGGUCUGAAGAAGUGACCGCUCAUGUUGAUUGUGUCUUGACUGUCUGACUGCAGGCUUUACAUAGGUUACUCAGCCUUCGCAGGAUUUGGAUUCAGGGUUUACUCAGUCCCUUUACCUUAGAUGGAACCUUCUCAAGUUCAAAUUUUUGAUAAGGUAUUCAUUUCACAGGCAGUACUUCAGACUCUGAAAAUUCUGACUUGGUUCUUGGCUUCCAUAAACCAGUACUAUUGCCAGGCACUCUGCUUGCAGUUUGUGGAUCCCUGGUGUUCCCUAAUCCCACUCCCUCCAUGAAAAGUUUGCCUCGCUGGGCCCCUUGGGUUAUCAUCACCUGUGCAGGGCAGUAAUUCCAGCAAUAAUCUCCGAGGAUUUAGUCAUUUGUGGGAGCUUACAAACAAGUUUGAAAUACUAGUAUAAAAUUAACAGAAAAGUGUUAGUGAUAGGGCGAUUUGAACUAUGUGUUUUGUUGGGUAAGCAGAGUAAAGGUGCAGAAACUGUUGAACUGAACAUAAAGAACUUUGGAAAACAAUUUUAACACUAGAAACAAAGUAGCCCCUCUCAUCCUCUUCUCUCCCAACCUGUUACCUAAUGUUCUACAGUCAGCUGUUGCUACAGGUAGAAAAACUCAUUAAUACCACAUUUGCCCAUUCUGUUAAACCUGUUUUGACCUCCCAGGCAUCUGAGGAAUAUGGGAGUAAUCUUAUAUAUUACUCUGAACAUACACGUGUGCAUGCGCACACACACACCAUAAAAGUCAGACACUUUUCCUGUUUUAGAAAACAUGUCCCCUCCCUUGGACUACUGCUCUCUACGCACUAGAAAUUUCUAAUGUAAAGGGGCUUUAGUGAAUGACUUAGGGAACAUCUAGAAAGGAAAAGAAAUCAGCUGCAAAUUUUUAUUGUUUGUUUUUGUUUAUUCUUUUUCGUUUCCUUUUUGUUGAAUCCUGUCUCUAGUGACUAAAGAAUUUUUGAGUACAUACAUUUAGGUCAUGGUUAAAGAACAUUAAAAUAAAUCUACAAUUUACCAGAAUUCGGUAUUAAAAAGUUGGGGAUUGUCAAUGUGCAUCAUUUGCAUAUUGAUUUCAAAUCUCCUAAUUUCAUGUAUGUAAAGGACAUAUAUUAGUGCAACCUAGUGCAGUCAUAGUUGUACUUAAUAUUCAGGAUGUGAUAUAUACAAAAUGCAGAACAGUUUUUUGUUUUUGUUUUUGCGGUACGCGGGCCUCUCACUGUUGUGGCCUCUCCCGUCGCAGAGCGCAGGCUCCGGACGCGCAGGCUCAGCGGCCGUGGCUCACGGGCCCAGCCGCUCCAUGGCAUGUGGGAUCUUCCUGGACCGGGGCACGAACCCGUGUCCCCUGCAUCGGCAGGCGGACUCUCAACCACUGUGCCACCAGGGAAGCCCCCUGCAGAACAGUUUAAACUCGUUAACCAAGUCACAUUCCAGAUUAGGGGCAAGUAGGCAGUAGUAAUCUUAGCUUUGCACCCAUUCUGCUACCCACCCCUCCCUACCUCACAUCCUGCAUUAUACAUACACUCUUUUAAUACUUUCAAACCCCAUAAGAAACUAUUCUAUUUUUUUGUUUGUUUGAGUUUUUUGUGGCCCAAAGCAAAUAUAGGAUUAAUAUCUGUGUUCUAGUUUCAACCAAGAUAAUUUGAUGUCCUUCUAACUUCCCUUUUUCUUCCAGCACACACAUAGCUAAGAGGUAAGAAAUCUGUAAGGAUCCAGGGAUAAGGAGCAAGUUCUCCAACCAAUAACCAGUAGGAGUCAGAAACCAUGGUUCUGUUCCCAAACUUUCAGUGCCCUGGGUAAUCCCAGGGGGUGUUAAAAAGACCUAUUGCUAGUUAAAACUCUCCAUUCCCAGCUUCCCCACUCCCCACUUGAGUGGCAGGACUGAGGGGUGGUCUGCCUGCCGGAAGUGGUUGACUGUUUCAGAACCGACCCCACGGUGAGCACAAGUAACCAGUUUGGAUUUUCAAAAUGAUUUUUCUUCUUCACACCUUUCCUAUCAUAGAAAGUCUCUCCUCCAUGGUUCUCUUAAUCUGAGGAUGGACAGACUAACCAGGAAAGGAGGAAAGGCAUCAGGGAUUUUCAAGUCCAUUUAGAGAGCAAACCAUAUCGUGCCUAUUCAUCUUGACCCAGGCUCUUGCAGAUAGGUCCUAAGCAUUACUAUUCACCAGAUUCUCUUUACAAAUAAUACCCAGCUAAUAAAAUAUUCACUAAAUCGUCAACUAGGUACACUGCCUCACUCUUGACUAAAUGAGAGAAUAGUUAGAUUCUCUUAGAUUGGUAGAAAAUUGAAUGCAAUCUAUUUAUCAGUUGGUUUCAGAACGGUUUCACAUAGAAGGUCAUUCAUCUUGUGCUGACUGAGCUGAGAAGAAAAAAGAAAAAUUACAAUCUGGCCCUUUUGAAAAUGAAGCAGUAGGAACAAGAAAACCUUUAAGUUAUUAGAAUAUGGUAUUCCAGUACCUUUAAAGCAGUUUUUAUCUUAGGUUUUCAGUUACUUUAACUUUCAAUUCAGUCUGAAAUGUUUCUAAUAAGUGCUAAGCUUAUUUUUAUGGUAUUAAGUUGCACUAUUUCCAGUGACUAGUCAGGCAUUAUGCCUGAUGCUUAUGCCUCCAGGGUAUGCUUCUCAAGCCUUCAGAUAACCUUCCACUUCAGGUCACCUUGGGGAGGUGGCAUUAACAAUAUAUCAUCUCAGUCUUACUUGGGAAUGUUCUAAGUUGUCUAGUAGAGAAGACUCCCUAAAUUUUAAAGAAUUUUUAUUAAAAUUCUCCAUCCUAUUAAACAGAAAAUAAAGCCAAAUAACCUGGAGUUGUUUGCCCUACGUAACCCCUGUGUUGAAGAUACUGAAGCUGUCUGUGGUACCCCAUGUAACAUCUUUAAGAAUAAGGUCUGGCAGUUGGGAAAUUUUUCUUGGGGCAGGGGAAGCAUACUUAUAUGGGCUGGGAAAGCACACAGUGUAGAUAUUUUAGGAGUUAUCACAGAUUUAAAUAAAUAGCCAAAGGAGGACGUCAUUGCCUUCCAGGUGAAGGCAUAAAUUCGUACAUUAAUAAUUGGACCGUUUACCAUCCUAAUUGCUCUUAUUGCCUUUCUUCACCUAAGAGUCCAUAAAGAACUCUUGGGUGAAAUUAUUCGUUAUAAUGAGGGGGUCUUCUCUGGUCAUUACAUCACUGUUUGUUUCUAGAGCUCAUUGUCCGUAAGCAGUACCAGGGUGGUUUUCUCUGUGACCUACAGAUUUCACAGCGAGGAGAGAAAAGUCUCCCUUUUGCAUUACAACAAUGUGCUAAGUAACAAAACUUGGCCAAGGGUAGUUUGCAGCUCAAUUUAUAGAAUAGUCCAAAGAGACUCCGAGGAACAUGAUGAUAGGCAGGGAUCUUUCCUACCGUGUUUCAAUACCUACAUAACCUAUUGAAAGAGAACAAUAGGUAAAACAGUUCCUAAAGUUGGAAGUAAGACCUUCAUAGAUUCUUGGUUACUUAUUUUUUUUAAUGCUUUACAUUUGAUACAACUAUUAAAGAUCAAUUUUAAAAAAUAGCUUUCCAGUAAUAUAUUUUAAGUAAUAUAUAUUUUAAUAUCUAUGUAAAAAGUGACAGUGGGAGACUUUGAAUUUCUCAUAGAAGGUAUGUUUAAUGUAGGGCCUCACUGUUAAGGCACAAAUUAUUUCAAAGGAAGUUACUCUAAAGACACUCAGAUUAUUUCCAAAAAAAUGCAAUAAGGGGAAGAGUUUUGGAGUUUAUUUUUUAUUUUAAAAGAAAAUUGACUUAUUUACCACAAGCUAUUUUUUUUUCCUUCUGGCUAAAAGGUUUGUACAGACUGGUUUGGUAAAUGCUAAACUUUUGUGUCUUUUGCCUUUUUAAAGGAAUUGUUAACAUUGGAAUUGAGGGUAUGUACAGAGAAGUUGGUGUCAACACCAUUUAAAAAGUCAUAUUUUUUCACAAAUAUAGAAAAAUCAUU